CUUCGUUAGUUGAAUAAAAUGAAAACAUUUUGAAUUUUUCAAACGUGAUUGAGUUAUUCUUCUAUUUAAAAUAGUUAUUACCUCUUUUACAAUGAAUAUCACAUACAUUUAUGUGGGAGAAGGAGUGAGCCCGAGAAAUGUCUAGUGAUAAUGAGCAGUAUCCACACAUCACUUCCAGUUAUUACCUUAAAUUGUUAAUAGCAUAUGAUAUUCUGAUACAAAAGUUGUUAUCGACUAGUAAUUUUCAUAUUUACAUUAUGUUUGAUUCUAAGAGUACUUAAUUUGAAAAUGUUUACCGACAAAGGAAAUACUCAUGAUUUCUUUAUGCGUGGAAGUAGGUGUCCUAGUUAUUUGUUUAAUUUUGAGACUCGUUCAUCAAUUGGUACUAAAGAAAAUAUGAAUGAUUUAUUAGUACCUAAGACUUAUAAAACAAGACAAUUUAGUCAUGAACUGAACGGUCGUGGUAAUAAAAUUAAUUUAAUUCAAGAAGGCGACUUAGCCAAACAAAGCAUUGAGAAGCAAUCUGAAUCUGUCCAAACCGGUAAACGCUUAGAAAUAAAAUUAGAAGAAGAUAGUUUGGAGGAUGUUAUUGAACAAUCUUCAAAAAAUAAUGAAAUUACCAUAGAAACAAUUAACUCGAUGUCUUUACUAUCGUCUUCGGAGAGUGAUGCUAUAUCUGAAGAUGAAAAUGUAAUUGUAGAUCACCAAAAAGGUGAAGAAUUGGAUUUUAUAGAAAGUCAGAAACCCUUAAAAUUAGAUUUGAAUGAAUUUGAUUUUGAGGUUGUUGAUGAAUCGAACAUUAGCCAAGACAAUGAAUACCAAAGUGUAGCUAAUAUCCCUUCAAUGACAAAAGUCUUUGUUGUAAAUGAGGUACGAGAAUAUUGCCAAAACUGUUAUAGAUGUGAUAAAUGCCAUAAAUGCCAUAAUUGUAAUACAUGUUAUAAGUGUGAAAAACCUAGAAAAAUAAUUUCUCAAUAAUGAUUUUUAAAUAAAUCAAACCAAUAAUCAAUUUAAAGAAAUAUUUUAAAAUAGAUUGUAAU